CUUUGAGGUAACGAAACGUCAUUUCAAAUGCAAGAAAAUAACAAAGAUGGCUGAAGAACAGGAGGUGAUACAAAUAGAGUUGCUAUGCAAGCAACUGUACGAGUCUCAGGACCCGUUGAUACGGGAGCAAGCGGAGAAGGCGGUGGUAGCGUUCCAGGAGUCACCGGACACCCUCAGUAAAUGCCAGGCGUUACUGGAACGCGCGGAUUCGAGCUACUCGCAACUGCUCGCCGCCACCACACUCUCCAAAUUGAUUAGCAGGUCCACAUCAAGUCUGACCACACAGCAGCGAUUGGACAUCAGAAACUAUGUCCUCAACUACCUCGCUACCAGACCUAAACUGGCAAAUUUUGUCGUUCAGGCGUUGGUGUCUCUAUUCGCUCGCAUCACUAAGAUCAGCUGGUUCGACAUGGUUAAAGGCGAAUACGUCAUACACAACGUGGUCUAUGACCUCACCAACUUUCUCAGGAGCCAAGAGCUGUGCACGACUGGUGUCCAGCUCCUGUCGCAGCUGGUGGUGGAAAUCAACCAGGUGUCUGAGGCUGAUGCCAACCGCUCGCUAGCCAAGCACAGGAAGAUAGCUUCCUCUUUCAGAGACACGCAGCUGUUCGAGAUGUUCGAGCUGUCGUGCGGCAUGCUGGGGUCGCUGCGCGGCAAGGCGGGCGCGCAGGCGGGCGCCGCGCCCGACGAGCGCCAGCACGCGCUGCUGGCCGCGCUGCUGAGGCUGGCGCACAACUGUCUCACCUUCGACUUCAUAGGGACCACCAGCGACGAGUCCAGCGACGAUCUGUGUACCGUGCAGAUCCCAACAUCAUGGCGUCCAACAUUCCUCGAGUCCGGCACCCUGGACCUGUUCUUCGAGUUGUACCACGUGUUGGGCGGCGCCCUGGCCAGCCUGGCCCUCGCCUGCCUCGUGCAGCUGGCCUCCGUCAGGAGGACCCUGUUCAGCUCCAGCGAGAGAGCCAAGUUCCUGAACCGGCUGGCUGCCGGCGUCCUCAGGAUACUUGAUAAUACUCAGGGCCUCUCCGACCCCACGAACUACCACGAGUUCUGUCGCCUGCUCGCCCGCUUGAAGUCCAACUACCAGCUCGGCGAACUCGUCAUGGUCGAUAACUACUCGCGUCUCAUCGAACUCAUAGCCAAGUUCACUGUGCAGAGUUUACAGAUGUGGCAAUUCGCGUCCAAUUCCAUUCACUAUCUGCUGUCGCUGUGGCAACGCAUGGUGGCUUCGGUUCCCUACGUGAAGGCGAGCGAACCCCAUCUGCUGGAGAGCUACGCGCCAGGAGUUACUGCCGCCUAUAUAGGAUCCAGGCUGGAUUCUGUGGCUUGUGUUGUCAGGGACGGUCUGGAAGACCCCCUGGACGACGUGGGCACUGUGCAGCAGCAGCUGGAGCAGCUGUCGGUGAUCGGGCGCUGCUCGUACGGGAAGACGUGCGCGCUGCUCGUGGCGCACUUCGACCGCGCCGCCGCCGCCUACAGCCGCGAGACGCAGCCGCAGCCCACCGCCGUGCUGCAGGGCCAACUGACAUGGUUGGUGUACAUAAUAGGCGCGGCCAUAGGCGGUCGCGCCUCGGUCAACACUUGCGAUGAGAACGACGCCAUGGACGGCGAACUGGUCUGCCGAGUGCUUCAGCUGAUGGACCUGACCGACUCCCGACUGGCGCAGGUACUGCCCGCCAACCAGGGCGGCUGCGAGAAACUAGAACUGGCCAUGAUGUCGUUCUUCGAGCAGUUCCGCAAGAUAUACGUCGGCGACCAGGUCCAGAAGAACACGAAGGUCUACCGCCGGCUGAGCGACGUCCUCGGCCUCGCCGACGAGAGCCAGCUGCUAAGCGUUCUCAUGAGGAAGAUCAUAACUAACCUGAAAUACUGGGGUGGAUCUGAACAGAUCAUAUCGAAGACCCUCGGUCUGCUGAGCGACCUGAGCGGAGGCUACUCCUGCGUCAGGAAGCUCGUCAAACUCGACGAGGUCCAGUUCAUGCUGACUCAUCAUACUGCGGAACACUUCCCGUUCCUGAGCAUAGCGGGUGUGGGCGCGGCCGAGAUGCGCUGCCGCAGCAUGCUGUACACGGCGCUCGGCCGCCUGCUCAUGGUGGACCUGGGCGAGGACGAGGACCGCUUCCUGGCCUUCAUGAUGCCGCUCACAGCUGCCUUCGAAAGUAUAAUAGGCCUGCUCAGUGGUCCCGAGUCACCGAUGUACAAUUCCGAGAACGCAAAAAAGACUAUGAUUGGCCUCGCGCGGGACCUACGAGGACUGGCCUUUGCCUUCAACACGAAGACAACUUAUAUGAUGUUGUUUGAUUGGAUUUACCCGGUAUACAUGAAGGUUCUCCUCCGAGGCAUAGAGGUGUGGUACGCCGACCAGGCGCUCACCACUCCCGUCCUGAAGCUGACCGCCGAGCUGGCGCAGAACAGGAACCAGAGGCUGCACUUCGAUAUCUCGUCACCCAACGGGACGCUGCUGCUGAGGGAGCUGUCGAAUAUCAUAUGCGCUUAUGGCAGCCGAAUACUAACGUUGGACGUGAACAAGAAACAGAUGUACGCGAUGAAGCUGAAGGGCAUAUCGCUCUGCUUCUCAAUACUGAAGGCGGCGCUCUGCGGGAACUACGCCAACUUCGGAGUAUUCAGACUGUACGGUGACGAGGCGCUCGACAAUGCGCUCAACAUGUUCGUCAAGUUGCUGUUGAGCAUACCGCAGAGUGAUUUACUCGACUACCCGAAGUUAUCCCAGACGUACUACGUGUUGCUGGAGCGUCUGGCGCAGGACCACAUGCCGUUCCUGGCGUCGCUGCAGCCCGACGCCACGCUCUACAUCCUCUGCUCCAUCUCAGAGGGACUCACCGCGCUCGAUACGAGCGUAUGUACGGGCUCGUGUGCCACUUUGGACCACAUCGUCACCUAUCUAUUCAAACAGCUUGUGCAGAAAUCAAGCAAUAAGGUCCCGAACCCGCGCCAGCCGCCGCCGGAGACCAGCAACAUGUUCAUCGAGGUGUUGCAGCGACGGCCCGAGAUCAUGCAGCAGCUGUUAGCAACGGUACUAAACCUAAUAAUGUUCGAGGACCGCUGCAACCAGUGGUCGAUGUCCCGGCCCCUCCUCGGCCUGAUCCUGCUCAACGAGGAGCAGUUCUCGCGCAUCCGAAGCGAAAUGAUCGCGCAACAGCCGCGCGACAAGCAGCAGCAGCUCGCUCACUGGUUCAACGGUCUCAUGGCCGGCAUCGAACCCAACUUGCUCACCAAGAACAGAGAUAGAUUCACCCAAAACAUGUCGAUGCUAAGACGCGACAUCAACGACCUGCUGAAGGGCGCCGGCGUCAGCGGCGGCAACAACGACAUGAUGACGUCGUAAUGUGAGCCACUGUAUACAUACAUAUUGUAGCCUGUAUCAGAUGUGUGACGUGUGUGAGGCGACUGUGUGACAAGAGUAGACCUGUUGAUAGGACAAAAGCGUGUUUUUUUUUAAAUAAAAACGACUCCCGCACUAAGGAAUUUAAUCCUUGUGUCCCGGGGUUUUACAAAC